AUGGUCUUAUUCCCUACAAUUAAUAAUAUUGCUAAUGGGACAGCAACAAAAGGUAGACCCAGAAGAUUAUUUGUUGCACCGUCAACACAAUACCCACUUUUUCUUUAUGGAUUAGGUGAUGACCAACGUUCAUUUCUUUCAAAUAUUGAAACUGGAUCCCAAUAUGAACAGCCCGAUGAUAAUAGUGAUGCUGCCAGUGUAAGUACUUCACGGUCACUCCCGUCUACAUUAAGUUCCGUACAUACAACUGAUGAUCAAGAAUCUUUUCAGAGUUGGCUACAUGAAGAACAUCAACGACGAGUGUCGGCCGCAUCAUCCCCAGCACAAAGUGAUAGUGAUGAAGACUUUGCUAAUCUCGAAUUUGGAAGAAGGCGAAGAAGCUCUACUGAUGAUUCAUGUUUGAUGGAGGAUUUUUUCACAAUGAAAACAAAUUACAAGAUAGAAUCAAAAAGCUUAUUUAAGAAUUCCAUACCAUUGGUGGUGACAUUUAUCUUGGAACACUUUUUCUCCAUAGUUGCAUUGGUUGUUGUGGGUAAAUUGGGUACAAAGGAAUUGGGUGCUGUUUCAUUGGCUACAAUGACAGCAACAAUCACAUUUGCGAUAUUUGAAGGAACUGCUACUGCACUUGACACAUUGUGUCCUCAAGCAUUUGGUGCACGUAAUUAUGAAAUGAUGUCGAUUUAUGUACAAAGAACUAAUGUUUUAUCAUUGGUGAUGUUUCUCCCUUGUGCAUUGUUCUGGUGGUUUUCUGGAGCAGUGAUGAAAUACGUCAUAGAUGAUCCUAAAGUAGUUUAUUUGACCCAGUUAUACUUACGAUUCUUGAUAUUGGGAGCUCCUGGGUAUAUCUUGUUUGAAAACUCAAAACGUUUCUUACAAGCGCAAGGUAUUUUUGAAGCUGGGACAGGGAUUUUGUUCAUUAGUGCACCUAUUAAUAUCGGACUUAGUUGGUUCUUGGUAUGGAAUGAGACUUAUGGAAUUGGUUAUGUAGGUGCUCCAAUCUCUGCUGGUGUAAACUAUUGGUUGAUGUUUGUCUUGUUAAUUGGUUAUGUUGCUUAUAUUGAUGGUAAGAAAUGUUGGUUUGGAAUUGCGUCUUGGGAAGAGUUGUUUAGUGACUGGGGUAACAUCAUGCGUUUGGCAAUUCCUGGUAUUGUUAUGAUGGAGUCUGAAUAUAUGGCAUACGAAAUAAUGACUUUAUUCGCCUCAUAUUUUGGUGCUGUACAACUUGCAGCACAAAGUGCUGUUUCUAGUAUUGCAUCAUUAACCUAUAUGGUACCAUUUUCUGUUGGUAUUGCUGCAGCAACCAGAAUAGCCAAUUUCAUUGGUGGUCAGAAUAUGAAAGGGGCAAUAACAGCCACCAGAGUCGCUAUGAUUGCAUCUAUUAUAGUUUCUACAUUGAACUUUUUAAUUUUGUGGUCUUUUAGAUAUCCUAUUGCCAGGGUAUUUUCCAACGAUCCAGAGGUGAUUUCAUUAAUUGUUAAUUUGUUGAAUCCAUUAGUGAGUGUUUUGCAGAUUUUUGAUGGUAUAGCCUCUGUAAGCAGUGGUAUUUUACGUGCACAAGGAUCACAAAAAAUUGGUGGAUAUAUCAAUUUUAUUUCGUAUUAUGCUUUUGCAUUACCAUUAGCUAUGAUCUUGAGUAAGAUAGUUGGUUUAGAAGUUUACGGUCUUUGGAUUGGUGUUGGAAGCGGUAUGGUUGUCAUUGCAUUAAGUGAAGCUGUUGUUAUAUUGUGUAGUAACUGGGAUGAUAUUUUAAUGAAGGCGGGUUUGUUAAAUGAAUUUGGUGAAGAUGAUGAUGACGACGAUGAUAUAUUUUAA